UAUGAUGCAUCUGAAGAUGAACAACCUGUCACUGACCUUUCAGAGAUGGCAGAAAAGAAAGAUUCCUCAGACACGAAGAUUUCCUCUCUAGAGAAUAAUGUGACGAAUGAGAUUUCAGAUGCUGUUCAAGGGGAGGUAUUAAUUGAAAAGUUAAAACCUGACAACGACUCUCAGCCUAGUUUUAUUCGUCCUGUUUCUUUGGACAAUGCCGAACCUUUGUCUUUUACAUGUAACAUUAACUCUCUGGACAAAUCGCCAGUUCCAAAGGAGAAAAGAAACUUCCAGUACCCUACCGCUACUCAGAACGAUACUCAGUUUCAGCUUGAUAAUCAGAGGGACUCAGAUAGUUUGGGGUUCAGUCAGUGGCCCAACGAAGUUUAUGAGCAUGCCAACAAAGUUCUAUCAAAAAUUGAUGAGGGUGAAGUUGUUUCUAAGAAACAAAAUGAUGACAAUAAUCUUGCUCCUGCAAAAUUGAAUUCUAAGGACAACCUUUCAGAUGGUAACCAAGAUUCGUUGGCAUUUAGUCAGUGGCCAAACGACGUUUACGAUCACUUGGAUAAAGCUAUUUCUGUCUUAGAUAACAAGGAGAAUUUCCGUAUUUCACACUCGAUUAAACAGGAAAUUCCGCACGAAAAAGUUGAUGAAAAGACAAAAGGGAAAGAAAAACAAAUGCCUCUAUCGAUGGCAAACGAAUCUAACGAAGAUGAGCAUGUAACACACAAAGCGACUCCCCAAAAUCAAUUCAAAGGCUUUACCUCUGCGUCCAAUAACGCUGCAGCCUUGUUUGUCAAGGAGGACUUUUCUGAUUUAAAAAAAUCCAAAAAUAACCAAGGUGAAUCUUCAAAGAAAAGUGUAAACUUUUUUGGCGAAGAUUUCUCUGAUUUAGAUACGUCAAAAGUAUCAACUUUCACCAAGGCUUCUAUUCCUGUCAAUAAACCAGAUCCCAAAACUAAAGAUCCCAUUAGUUUUUUCGGAGAAGACCUUUCUGAUCUUGAUCAGACUAAUCUCAAUAAAUGUGGAUUCAAGACGGCCUCAAAGGUUAUUACUACCGUUACUACUAAUAAGCCAAAACCGUCCACAUCUGGUACAAAAGUACCAACUUUCACCAAGGCCUCUUUAGUCAAUGAACCUGCUCCUAAAGCUAAAGAUCCCAUUAGUUUCUUUGGAGAGGACCUUUCUGAUCUUGAUCAGACUAAUCUCGGUAAUUGUGGAUUCCAGACGGCCUCAAAGGUUAUUACUACCGUUACUACUAAUAAGCCAAAACCGUCCACUUCUAGUCCAAAAGUACCAACUUUAACCAAGGCCUCUUCAGUCAAUGAACCAGCACUCAAAGCUAAAGAUCCCAUUAGUUUCUUUGGAGAGGACUUUUCUGAUCUUGAUCAGACUAAUCUCAAUGAUGGUGGUUUCAAGCCUGCCUCAAAGGUUAUAACCACCGUUACUACCUGAUAAGCAAGAACCAUCCAAUAAUAGUCAUCCCAGUUUUAAGUUUGCAGGAUUUUCAACUGCAUCAGGGAGAGACGUUGAAUUUUCAGCCAAAUCUUUAGAUUUUGUUAGAUUGUCCCAAGUUUCAGCAGUUAAGAAAACUGGCGGAAAGCAGGUAUCUUUUACCGGCAUUCCAGACGCUAUAGAUGAAACUGGAUCAAAACCAUUGAACUUAGAAGUACCGGAUAAGGAAUCUUCCGCAACUGAAUCUUCAGCUGAGAAUUCAUCUUCUGGAUCAAAACCAUCACACUCUCCCCAUAUAAUUCCCUUAAAGCCGGCAACUAUGACUGGUUUCUCGACAGCAAGCGGGGCGCCAGUCAGGGUCUCAGAAAACUCGUUAAAUCAUAUCAGGUCAUCUCAAGUACCGAAUAAAAAAGCUCUCACUGGUUUUUCAACUGCAAGCGGAGUCCCUGUCAAUAUUGCAGAAGAUUCAUUAUCUGCUGUCAGAUGCUCACAGGCACCAGCAAAAGUCACCCUAAGCUCAGGGUUCUCAACAGCAGGUGGUGCUCCGGCUAAGAUCCAAGAAGAUGAUUUAGAUCACAUAAGAUCCUCACAAGUGCCAAAACCUUCUGGGGUGGCAACUGGGUUUUCCACUGCGAGCGGUAAAGGUGUUUCAGUGUGCCAAAAAUCUUUCGAUCUGAUUAGAUCCUCUCAAGCUACUCCUGCCAGUGUUGAUCAUAACAAACCUCGACUACCCUCCUCGGCUUCACAUUCCUCUAAACCACGUCUCAAAAUAAGGAGCUCUGAAAGUAUCACACCUAAACCUAUCACUCCGAUAUUCAAAACUGGGUCUAAACCAAGUUUGUCUCUAGCACAAAAUCCCAAGCGUGCCAGAGAGACGGAUCAGACUAAAAGGGAGGAUACCCCAUCAGAUAAAGUAAGGAGGAGACAACUCAGUGCAUCAGAAGAGAGUGUUAUUAGUCGGGUUAGAAGAGAGAGUACUGAUGAUCCUUCUACUCCGAUACAAUACCUCAACAAACGCAGGCGCAUUUCCAGACGGUCUGGCUUCAACAGCCCUGUUACAGACAAAACAAGAUCACGUGCUGUUGUGUCCUCUCCUGUGAGUCACAGAAUAAGACCUGGUUUCUCUCCUCUUAUCAGUUCUCCUAAACUUGAGAGCACCAUUGAAGAAUGUCCAGCAGAGGGAACAUCAUUUAUAACCCCCUACAGUAAAACAUGUCCCUCAACCCAACCCCUACCUAAAAAGGAAGUCCCCUCCAGCAUGCUGUGGAAACAACCCACCACCCUCCCCACAUCUAGCAAACUCAUUAAACCUGGUCCACUGUGCUCCGCCCGUCAAUCCAUGUCAUCACUCCCUCCACCCCGGUAUUAUGAAUCAGAGGAGUUGUUUGAGAUGGGCGUGUCCUGUGGGGUUGAGGAGGUCACUGCACAAUCAGCACAGGAAUUUAGAUUCACUAAACCUGACUAUUUCUUAGAGAAUGAUGGGGAGGAAGUGAUGUUAUCAGGAUGUGGGAUCAAUCUUAAGUUACGAGAUGGUAAAUCAGCAGGGUACACUGAAUUCCGCCAAGCCCUUCUUAAAGCUCCAAAAAUCAAACAGCAGUUCAUAUCCGAGAAGUGGGUUUUAAAUCAUUACCGUCUCAUUGUAUGGAAAUGUGCUGGAUUGGAGCGCUGCCAGCCAGGUGUGUACGCUGGCUGCGUGCUCACUCCUGAGAACAUCAUGUCACAACUCCUCCUGCGCUACUCUGUUGAGGUAGAUGAAGGGAGAAGGUCAGCUCUGAGGAGGGUCACGGAGAAGGAUGACAGUCCUGCUAAACCAAUGACACUGGUUGUGUCUGGGAUUGGGGGUAAGACUAUUGAGGUGUCUGAUGGUUGGUAUUGUUUGGAAUGUGUUCUGGAUAAUCCUCUCUCUGUCCUUAUUCAGAGUCGGGCGAUAAAAGUUGGUUCGAAGAUAGUGAGCUUCUCUUCCUCUAUAACCGGGCCUCACGCGGAUGGAAUUCCUCCAUUGCAAGCUAAAGCAACUCUAAAACUUAAACUAAACUAUAAUUGUGUCCGACCUGCUAAAUGGAGUGCCAAGCUCGGAUACACUGAUGUGAACACGAUGCCUUCUCUACCAAUCAGCGUGCUAGCUCCUGACGGGGGUACUUGUGCGUGUAUGGAAGUAGUUGUUAUCAGACGGUACCCUGUGCAGUUCUUGGAAACUUUACCUUGUGGCAAGAAAAUGUUUCGGUCGGAAAAGGACGAGAGAAAAAGACAAGAAGAAUAUGGCCGAACGAGGGAUAAGAUAAUUGAGGAUAUAACCCACAAAUUAUUAAAAAGUGAAAAGGCUAAAAGAAGCAAGAGUAUCAGUAAUGAAGCGGUAAAACGUAUCGAUUCUGGUCAGGAACUGUAUGAGCUCAUUAAAAAUCAUCCCGACCCCAGUUCUCUACAAAGUCUACUUAACCCGUCACAGCGUGAAAUGCUUGCGGAGUAUUCUGAAAAAGAGCGUUCUAGACAAGAGGUUCAGCACAAUAAACAACUUAUGGAAGAACUUAAAGAACGAUGUCCCCCUCGAAAAGUUAUCUCCCUGGUGAAGCAUAGAAUACAUUGUGCCCUGCAGCCUAACACAAAACCGUACUUCCUGACUAUUUGGCGUGCAGAACAACAAGUACCACUGAAAGAAGGGCGCUGUUAUAAAAUGUAUAACAUAUCCUGUAGUUCGUUCCGAGGAAGCAGUCUGACUCUUUCCUCCUCGAAAUUAAGCCUUUUUCGUGAAACAAAGGGAGAUUACACCCACAUGUCAGCUAAACCUAUCUGCACUGUCUCCUCUGUGCCAGUGAGUGUGUCGGAGUGUGAUCUUGUUGGGAAGGUGCUACAAACAGACAAACAGACUGACAGCCGGACAGUGGUGGUGAUAGGUGAUACUGAGACUGCAGGGGAGGUUGUUGUGUAUAGUGCUGGUGAGGAGGUCAAAGUUGGUGGUGUGGUCUGCUUUGUUAACUUGCAGGUUACCAAGACUGGCGCCCUGAUUUGCAAUGAGAAGUCUACUUUAAGUUCGAGCCCAAAAGACAAGACACUGUCAGAAAAACUUAGCGAAUUCCGUAAAUUAAUCGCAGAUAAACCCCAAACCUUCUGGGACGCUCUGCUCUCCACACAUUCCACAACAGAAACAACCGAACCAGAUCACUGGGACGAGGUUCCUGACAACAUACCUUGGGAGCAGUUUGAGAUGCACACAAACAAACAGACAAACAAACAUACAGAAAAACAAGCCAACAAUCAGGACGGAACCAGUGUACCACUGUUUAGUACCAUGUCUGAGCUGGAAAAUGAAGAGUUACUGGGGUGUAGCAAUCGAGCUAAAUCUGAUUAUGUAACUCCGGUAAAACCAGCUGACUAUGAAUCCAUAUUCGGGUAAUUAAAAUUAAUUUAUUCAUAUUAUAGGAGAUUGUUUUUAAACGUGUAUUAAUUUAUUUCAUGGUUUGUUUUGUAUUAUUUUACUUCGUUAAUGUAAUCAAAAGCCGUAAUGUAAACGUAAUGAAGGCUGCAGUUUUUAAAAUCUGAAUGACAGUCUGAAUUGACCUGCUAUCCUACAUAAUGGAAAUUGUUUUUUAUUUUGGUUGAAAGUUUCACAGUGGCAGGAGUUUGUUUUACAGUGAAACUGUUAACAAUGAUUUUUAAUAUUUAUAUUAUACAUUUAAGCAAAUAUAAUGGAAUAUAGUGAAACGAAAUGUUUUAUCUUCUUAAUCUGUAUUUUAAAAAUUUUUUCAGACAUAAUUUGAUAUUAAACUU